AUGAGUGAGAAGCAACCCUCUACUGGUGUUUCGAGUUUGGACCAUGGAGCCGAUGAUGUUGACCGAAAUUGGAUUCAAGAUGUGGAACAUGAGGAAACCAUAGCUCCUGAAGCUGUAAACGAGGAGGAAGUUGAAGAGUUCAUCGAAGUCGACGGUAUUGUAGAUGAACACGACAUGGAACAGAGCGUUCUACUGCGAGGAAACGAAAUUAUUGUUCCUACUACGCUUCGUAACGGUGUGGAAAUAUUCUAUGCACACGUUCCUACCUUGGGCAGUGAGCACAAUUUGAACCUACCGGAUUUGCUAAGUCGUGUCAUAACGUUUACCAAUGGUUCAAAGAUGUAUCUUUGUUUUUCGAAGAGAUGUCGCAAACAGAUUGCAUUUGACGGUCAUAUCUACAACAUCGAUGGAUUUGUGAAACCAGCAAACUGGAAUUUUUGGCGAUGCGUGAAUCCUAGCUGUAGAGGUGCUAUACGAACAUCUCCUAAUAUAACUGAGUUACGUGUACGCGAAUGUCAUAGUACCACUUGCACUCCUGAUGAUGCGCAGAUAAGGCUACGUAUAACUAUUUACGACCUCAGAUUAAUGGCAGAAUUCACUGAUGUACCUCUCGAUGCUUUGUAUCACGCCUACCUGGACAAAGUGGCUACCGAACACGUCGAUAUUGUCAAUUUCUUCCCUCCUUUCGAGGUUCUGAAAUCUAAUUUGGAGGAUCACCGCGGGAAUCUUAUCUACCGGAAACGUUUCGCUCUGGAAGCUCGUGAGUCUGACACUCACGCGAUGUCCUAUGAUGCCUACGGCUCCACUAUGGCAAAAUAUAAGAAAACGAAGCCAUUCCCUCCAUCAUUGUGCAUGAGUUGUUCGGCGGAAUUCCGAAGUACACCAGAAGUCCCAUCACAAGACCAGCUUCUUGAGCAUAUGUUUUUCGAUCACAACAGGAAAAGUGCAAUAAUCAGUCGGUUUACAUUCGAAGAUCCUGGAUUGUUUGAGCAAUGGGUGCGAGAGCUCCAAUAUCACAGCAAGCAUCGAUUGAAAAAAAUGGGAAUUCAGGACGAGCACAUGUAUUAUCUUUGUAUAAACGAUGAUCGCCACUUUAAAUCUAACCACGGUCGGUCUUCUCUUGUGGACAUGCACUGCACUGCCUUCGUCCGUGUCCACGAUUGGAGGCUUAUUAUACGGCGUGAGAUUUCUGAAGUUGUUGUGGACUACUGCUUGGAUCACUUCUACCAUGGUGAUCUUGCUGAUCUGGAAGCGUCCAAAUCUGGUAUUGAUGUGUUUACACCUGAGGUCUUCAUGCGUGACUUAGCUGCCAGACGUGAACGUACACAGCAACUUAUUCAGGAUACCGGCUUACAAAGAAUCAAACGUAGAGCUCACCCUCCAUCUCUAACGUUGAAUUCUUCAACAAAGCCGAAAAGAAUGGAUGCCACCCAGAUCGAGACGUCUACACAUUCUAACUAUCCUGAUGGAUUCGGAGAACAACUGCAGGGCAGGAAUUAUCGCUCCGUCGAAUGGAUGGAAAAAAAUGAGAGCGUCUUCGGAUCUUCGAAAGCUCAACAACGUCAGAAGGCUGUGCAACAAAUCGUUGAAGGUACAUCAUCAACAGUAGCUAACGCCUACAACUAUUCGAAGGAGUCAUACGUCUCUCCAUAUAUAACGAAGCGUGAGAAUUUCGCCAACACAGAAAUUUAUAACAGCGUGCUCCAGUUCGAAAUGAGCUGCGACAUGCUGAAAGAACGAAUGCAAUAUACUCGUAGUAUCAAGGCAGCGAAUCAUUACCUCGGAAGGCUGACGCGUAUCCUCGACGACGUGAUGGCCGAUCCUGAGUGUGCUCCGUCGAGUGCGAACGGAUGUAAUGUUGUUGACGGUAAUGCUUCAUGUUCGAGUGAAACCAAUGUUCCAUGUACCUCCUCACCGCCUACGACCACAGAAAUUCGACACCACACUCGAAAAUCGCUUUUCUCGCCGUUGAAACGUGAGGCGAAAAUUGAGACGAAAGGUGAUGAAAGCCUCCCUCUUCGACAGAAAGUCUUAGUGCGUAAAGGUGAAAACGGGCAAUUAGUGGUUGUCAGGCGUACCAUUCUUGGCAAGGUUCGAAAAAUGGUGCGUGAUGAACAGUGCAGUUCUGUUUCGGAGGAACCCAUUGCAGAAGAGGCGCAAAGUACUCCUAGCGGUGAGGCUGAAAAUCCAUCACCAAGUAACACGACUUUGGAACCAUGUGUUACGGAUCCUUCUACUGGGGAUGGACCUCCGAUCGGCGAUCUGCUGCGCGAUGCUCUUUAUAACUCUAGAACACCACGGUAUGCUCGAACACUGCUACAAGGUGUGAGACGAAUGGCCUAUCAGAACCUGACAGAGCAAAACACCCCGUGUGCUGAUGAAGAGGCAGGGCGUUUUAUACGAAGGAUUUCAGACCAUUCCACAUUAAGAGGGAAAAUUGAUGAACAAGCAACAGCUCGCCGAACUCGCGGACGUCCUCGCAAGUAUCCAUAA